AUGAGCGGAGAUGGACCAUACGGACCCGUUGUCAAUGGGACUCAGAUCGUCUUUUUCGAAUACCUGCCAAACAAACCUGCCGCCAUCUCCUUCGUUGUUCUCUUCGGCAUUGCUACUUUAGCCCACCUCGUAUUCCUCUUCAUCCUUCGAGCCUGGUUCUUCAUCCCUUUCAUCCUCGGUGGCAUCUGUGAGAUCUUUGGUUACUUCGGACGAGCCCAAGCCCACGAUACACCCGAUAAAGCAGGCCCAUUUAUCCUCCAGAACGUCCUUCUCCUCGCCGGAACGCCUUUCCUAGCCGCGACGAUCUACAUGAGUCUUCGACGUGUUGCCACGGCGCUUGACUCCCAACAUCUUUCCUUUAUAAGUCUUCGAUGGUUGACAAAGCUUUACGUCCUCAUCGACAUCGCAUGCAUUGUCAGCCAGUUCAUAGGCGCCAUCAUACCUGCUUCUGGCGAACCAGAUGCCAUCACCAAAGGCCGAACUAUUCUUAUUGCUGGUCUGAUAGUUCAACUCUGCGCCUUGAGUAUCUUUAUUCUCACUUCGCUGUAUCUGUACAUACGUAUAAGACAAGAGACUGGACCGUUCUUGGAUUCGUCCCUGGUACGGUGGCGGCGAUACUUCAGAACCAUCGAGGCCGUGACGGUCAUCAUGAUCAUUCGCAGCAUUGUCCGUGCAGUCGAGUAUCUUCAAGGACAGGGGGGUUUUGUCAUAUCUCACGAAGUCUUCAUAUACCUAUUUGACGCCUUACUUAUGUUCCUGGUCAUGGCCUUGUUUUUGAUUGUUAAUCCAGGACGCCUGGUCAAGAACGGUACAGGGAUGAAAUGGAGGGGACAGACACAAAUCGAUGAGACAGGUGAGGAUAUCAUGCAUCUGCUGCAGUAUUUCCAGUCUUUCGCAAAGAAUAUUAAGCAGAAGCAAAGCGAAAUUGGUCAGACCGAGAUAUUUACUUCAAGGAACCAUCAGCUCGCUGAGUAUAGCGAGUUUGAACCACCAAUUUCUCUCUCAGGCAUCUCUGACAAGUCUGACAAGUCUGACAAGAAUGACGGUUGUGACGUCGGUGUCGAUUUCGAGGACGCGAAGGGGGAGCCCAUCAUGUUUGCUCUUCGACGAAUCAUCGCCCGCCCUAUGCUGCGCGUAGCGACGCGUCAGAUCCACGUGACGCCACGUCGCUUCGCCUCUGCCGACCAGCCACCCAACAUGCAGCAGCUCGAGUCAAUGAUGAAUGACCCUCAUAUUCGUGAGACUUUUGAGAAGCUGAGUCGUCAUCCUCCGGCCAUCGAGGCCAUGCAGAAGAUGGGGGACAUUAUCAAGAGCAAGGGGCUUGCCACUUCAGGGCCACCGAGUAAGAUGGACAUCAUGAAGCUCAUGAUGGAUAAAGAGUUUCGUGAUGCAGCGACAACGUUGACGACUGAAAUGCAAAAUGCUGGUGUUGAGAUCAACCCUGAUGUCUUCAUGAAGAUGAUGCAGGGUGAGAAAUGA